AUGUCGUACUUGGAGCAAGCCGAAUUUGGGUCAGCAGCAUUGAUCCGGACGUUCGACUUGCGGUAUGAUUUAUUAUCUGCGCUAGUGGAGCGGUGGCGCCCGGAGACCCACACUUUUCAUUUUCAGUGUGGGGAGUGCAUGGUGACCUUAGAGGAUGUUGCACUGCAGCUUGGGCUCCCAAUCGACGGGAGUCCCGUAACGGGAGUAACUGCAUUUAUUGAGCCAGUUGCACUAUGUUAUCAGCUACUAGGAGACUCGCCAAACGAUGAUGAGUCAAAUUUUACAAGCUUGAAAUUUACAUGGCUGAAAGCCAAAUUUGGACAGUUAUCAGCGAAUGCCACUGAAGCUGAUUUGACCAAUGUUCGCUCGUAUAGCUGGGGCUCCGCCGUUCUAGCAGUGUUGUAUCGAGAGCUUUGUCGGACGACAAAGCCUUCGUAUGAACAUGGGCGAUGCCUUACAUUGUCUGCGAUCUGGCGCUUUAUCGGAUGCCAUUUUUGA